AGCGAUAGUGUAGCGCGAUAACCAAUUGCAAGCUAGUUUUAAUCUGCAGUAGCCAAUCAAAUUCCGUCUCGGAAUUGUAAGAAAUACGUAAGAAAUAAGAAAUAAUCUAGAAGACCUCUAGUCCUUGCUCAUAGAACUCGGAGGGAUAAAUCGCACAUGUAUCGAUGAAGUUACGUUAAUGUCGUGUUACAACAAAAAUAACAUAACGUAAUUGCUGCCGAGAAGAGAGACCAAGAAAUAUAACCUAUAAAGCCUCCAAGUAAAAAGGAAACAUGGAGAAGUCGCAGAAGAUGCCGAAAGUGGCAAAGGUGAAGAAUAAGGCGCCCGCGGAGAUACAGAUCACCGCGGAGCAGCUGCUGCGCGAGGCGAAGGAACGUGAUUUGGAAAUUCUGCCGCCGCCGCCAAAGCAGAAGAUCUCGGAUCCGCACGAGCUCGCGGACUACCAACACCGCAAGCGGAAGGCGUUCGAGGACAUCAUCCGUAAGAAUCGUAUGAUCAUCACGAACUGGAUGAAGUAUGCGCAAUGGGAGGAGAGCCAGAAGCAGAUACAGCGUGCGAGAUCCAUUUACGAGCGGGCGCUCGAGGUAGAUCAUCGGAACAUAGCGCUCUGGCUGAAAUACACCGAGAUGGAAAUGCGCAAUCGACAAGUGAACCAUGCCAGAAAUCUGUGGGACAGAGCGGUAACUUUGCUGCCGCGCGCCAAUCAAUUCUGGUACAAAUACACCUAUAUGGAGGAGACUCUGGAAAAUAUCGCCGGCGCGCGUCAGGUGUUUGAGCGAUGGAUGGAGUGGGAACCAGAUGAACAGGCCUGGCAGACAUAUAUCAAAUUCGAGCUACGUUAUAAGGAGAUUGAGCGAGCGCGGCAGAUUUAUGAGCGCUUCGUCAUGGUUCAUCCCGACGUGAAGCAUUGGAUAAAAUACGCUCGUUUCGAGGAAUCGUACGGAUUCAUCAAAGGCGCGCGCACGGUUUACGAACGUGCCGUUAACUUUUACGGUGAUGAGGGUCUGGACGAGAAGCUGUUUUUGGCGUUUGCGAAAUUCGAGGAGGGUCAACGGGAGCACGAUCGAGCUCGCAUAAUCUACAAAUAUGCAUUGGAACACAUACCCAAGAGCAACACUCAGGAGAUCUAUAAAGCGUACACAAUUCACGAGAAGAAAUACGGCGAUCGCUCGGGCAUCGAGGAUGUUAUAGUUAGCAAGCGGAAGCAUCAGUACGAGCAAGAGAUCAAGGAGAAUCCUUCAAAUUACGACGCGUGGUUCGAUUAUCUGAGAUUGGUGGAGUCUGAGGGUAACGUCGACGUGAUUCGUGAGAUGUACGAGCGAGCGAUCGCCAAUGUGCCGCCCACCAAGGAGAAACAAUUCUGGCGAAGGUACAUUUACUUGUGGAUCAAGUACGCUCUUUUUGAAGAAUUAGAGGCUAAGGAUAUCGAACGAUGUCGGCAAGUGUAUAAGGUCUGCCUCGAGCUCAUACCGCACAAGCGUUUUACCUUCUCCAAAAUUUGGCUGCUUUACGCGCACUUCGAGAUACGACAAAAGAAUUUGACCAAGGCGAGAAAAACACUGGGCCUAGCGCUAGGAAUUUGUCCAACCGACAAACUUUAUCGGGGCUAUAUUGAUCUCGAGAUACAACUGGUAGAGUUUGAUCGAUGUCGCACGCUGUACGAAAAAUUUCUUGAGUUCGGACCGGAGAACUGUACCACAUGGAUGCGAUUCGCCGAGCUGGAAACGCGAUUGGGUGAGAUUGAUCGCGCUCGGUCUAUAUACGAAUUUGCCAUCGCACGACCGAGGCUGGAUAUGCCAGAAUUAUUGUGGAAAUCGUAUAUAGACUUUGAGAUUACCCAAGGCGAGACGGAAAACGCGCGACAGCUGUUCGAGCGAUUAUUGGAACGUACAUUACACGUCAAAAUCUGGAUAGCGUACGCGAAGUUUGAACUGUUGAAUCCGCAAUUGGAGGACAGUCCUGACAACGUCGUCUUGGCAAGACGUAUCUUUGAACGCGGAAACGAUGCCCUGAGAUCCAACGGCGACACUGAGAGUCGAGUGUUGUUACUGGAAGCCUGGAAAGACUUUGAAAGCGAGAAAGGCACUCCUGAAACUCUUGCCAAGAUUAUGGAAAAGAUGCCACGCCGGGUAAAGAAAAAGAGGCGCGUCGUGGGCGAAGAUGGUAACGAUGACGGCUGGGAGGAAGUUUUCGACUUUGUAUUUCCGGAAGAUGAGUCGCAGAGGCCGAAUCUCAAAUUCUUGGCUUCCGCAAAGGCGUGGAAAAAACAGAGCGAGCAGUCUCAAUCCUGAGAUAGCCAAAUUAUGAUAAAAAGAAGCAGCACGUAAUAGUUAACACUUAAAAUUAAGAAAUUUCUCUAAUGUUCAUUUCUAUCAAUAAUUUUAAUUUCGAUUAAUUUAUCCUUUAUGUUUUCUAACUCUUGCUACUAAUUCUUGAAUUAAAAAAGAAAUCAAAAAUAAGUUAAACCGGAAUUAAAAUUAAAGUACAUUAGAAAUGGAUAUAAAACUUUAUGACUGUACAAAACGCAUUUUUUACUUUGGACGAAUAAGAAUGUACGAUAAAUAAAUUGUUUAUUAUUUAUCAAUAUAUAAACUGUGAUAUUUUGCUAUCGUCAGAAAUACAUUAUAAAGUCA